AUGCAGUCGUCGCGGUUUGGUUGGUCUAGUACUGGUUCAGAUCAAACACCGGUUCCGGGGAAGGCCCCAGGGCUUGCAACGCACCUUGACGGGAGCAGUGCGGAGAAGGAACGAGCCGAUGAAGCUGCUCGCCAAGCGGCUGCCGCGGAGGAAGAGCGAAGGCGUUCGCUUCUGCGUCUGAUUCUCAGUGAGGAAGCUUCUGAACGCUUAGCUCGUGUCGCGCUCGUGAAACCGGACAGAGCAAGGGCGGUAGAAGACUACCUGCUGCGAGCUGCGCGCUUUGGGGAACUAGCUCCAGGCUCGCGGGUUACCGAAGAGCAACUGAUUGCGCUCCUGCAACGGGUGCACACCGAGUCGGAACAUAGGCCAUGCGUGACGAUUGCUCGGCGCAGGACCUGGUCUGAUGACGAAGAUGAGUAA